AUGUCACCCGAGCCUGCAAAGGAUUCCGCAGCCCUUGAGCCUGCGUCGCCGCCCCUGACGCCGGCCCAUGAAUCGGCCGCAGCGCUCCAUGGCGAUGCAGAGGCUCAGGCCGCCGAUGCUGAUGAUAGCAACAAGGCGCAGGCUGCAGGGCUAAAGAAGAAGAAGAAGAACAGGGGCAACCGCAAGUCAGCCGCCAAACGAGGGCCCACGGCUUUGCCCAAGAACCGCGGAACUGGGUUCGAAGAAUUCUUUGCCGAUCCGCCCUUGACUCCCGACGAAGCCUCGGAGGAAAAGGAUCACAUAUAUGCAAGGCGCAUCCAGUCUUGCAUCCAACGCUUCCGGGCCCGCCGACGUCUCAGCCCGGAGCAGUCUCGCUAUUUUAACGAGUAUCUCUUCCUCGGCGGCAUCGACACCUCUGGCAAGGCCUUUGGCGGACUCGAGGAAAAGGACACCCGGACUCUCACCCCGGCCGAGCGGCUGGAUGCCACGGCCACUGACGCGGUGCACAGCGGCUCCGCUGCCGACGACAGGUACUACCACGGCGAUGACGAGCACUGGAGUGUCGACUUUACCGGCGUCCUCGCUGGCUUCUUCUCCACCUCGCUGCUCAUCAUGACGGGGGGUGACCUCCAAAAGAUGGAGACUGCGGCCGCUCUCGCCGAGAACUUCCUCAAGUACAUUUUGCAUCACGACGUGUGUCCUGAGUACGAAGACGACGUCAAGCGGGCCCUUCGCCUCUGUACGGACGCAAGAGAGGAAUGGCCACUGCUGGACGAGCUGCAGCAUUCGUUGCCCGGUGCCUUUCACCUGUCGGCCAUUGACCUCUUUUCUCCCCCAAGUCCCGAGGACUGGAAUUGUUCCAGCCUCCGGCUCCCCGAAGGCUUCGAUGCCAAAGCCAUCUUCUACUCUGCCUGCGCUCUCCUCGGCGAGGUCGAGGUUUUGAAGGCGGCGCAGCAAGGGCGCCUCGGCAUCGCAAAGGAGCAUACGUGCGCCCUCGAGGUUGUCGAGAUUCAGCAGCCCCGCGCAGACGUGGCCGAGCGGUUCGGUCGGCUCGAGGUGGCGGACAGCAAGCUCCGCGCAGGCCCCAUUGGCAAGGCUUUCUUCAAGCCCACCACGAUUGAAGACGGCUGGGAAACCCCGGUCAUCGCGUCGCCCUACGGCGAAUCCGGCGGCUCGUGGCUGUAUUUUGAGCAGUCGCUCCUAGCCAACAUGCGGCCGGGGAUGAAGAUGGCGCUGACCAUUGUCGAGCUGGACGCGGGCAUUCGAUUCGUCAAGGCCGUGACGGACGUUGUGCCGACCUUUUACACUUUUUUGCCACAGGUGCUGAUGAAGUACUACAAGCAGCCGCGGGUGAAUGAGCGGCCUGCGCCGUCGGUGCAGGAUCCUCAUGCAGAGGAGGAGCAGCAAGCGCGCGAGGCCAAUGAAGACUAA